CACAUGUACGCUUGUAGGUAAUUACGAAGAGUGAGGGAAAGGAAGACAAUGGCGUCCACCAAACUUAUAUUUCUUGCGUUUUUAAGCGCUGUUUAUGGAUCAGAUGUUAUUGAAUUGACAGACAGUAAUUUUGGCAGUCGUAUCAAGUCCAUGGAUAUCGCUUUGGUAGAAUUUUUCGCUCCUUGGUGUGGACAUUGUAAACGUCUUGCUCCUGAGUACGAACAAGCUGCCACGUCGUUGAAGAAGAACGAUCCCCCCGUACCACUUGUAAAGGUUGACUGUGUUGGUGAGGGAAAAGAAACUUGCUCAAAACAUGGUGUCAGUGGUUACCCAACUCUUAAAGUUUUUCGAAAUGGCGUUGUGAACAAGGAUUACGAUGGUCCUAGAGAAGCAAAAGGCAUUGUUUCGACAAUGAAAAAGCAAGCUGGACCAAGCUCUAAAGAAGUGAAAGAUGCUGAGACAAUGGAAAAAGUUAUUGGUGGUUUUGAUGCAGUACUUGUUGGCUACUUCACCACUGAUAGUGAUCUGAAAAGUGAAUUUCUUAAAUCUGCUGAUGCACUAAGAGAUAAAUAUCGUUUUGCUCAUACUACUGAUGAGAGCAUAAUGGAUACACAAGGACACAAGGAUGCUAUUGUCUUGUAUCGACCCAACCGUUUGAAGAGCAAGUUUGAGGAUUCAAAAUUUGUUUACUCUGGCUCUGCAAGUCGCAGCAGUAUUGAGAAGUUUAUCGAGGAAAAUGUCCAUGGUCUUGUUGGUCACAUGACUCCAGAUAAUGCAGAUGCAUUUAAAAAGCCUUUGGUCAUAGCCUACUUUAAGGUUGAUUACACUUUAAAUCCAAAAGGAACCAAUUAUUGGCGAAACAGAGUUUUGAAAGUGGCCAAGGACUUUAAAGAGAAGCUCCAUUUUGCAAUAGCUGCCAAGUCUGAUUUUGGAAGUGAUAUGGAAAGUUUUAGUGAUCGUAGCGAUGAGGAGGUCUUAGUGGCAGCAAAGAACUACGCUGGAUCGAAAUUUGUCAUGAAGGAGAAAUUUAGUGUUGAUAACCUGAGACAGUUUGUCACGGAUUAUCUUGAUGGCAAAAUAGAGGCGUACGUCAAAUCUGAGGAAAUACCAUCUGAUAAUGAUGGUCCAGUGAAAGUUGUUGUUGGAAAAAAUUUUGAGGAAAUCGUCAACGAUCCAGAGAAGGAUGUUCUCAUUGAGUUCUAUGCGCCUUGGUGUGGACAUUGCAAGAAUCUUGAACCAAAAUACAAAGAACUAGGUGAAAAGUUUAAAGGUGUUGAUAAUGUGGUGAUUGCCAAGAUGGAUGCUACAGCAAACGACACUCCACCACCAUACGAAGUUUCAGGUUUUCCAACAAUAUACUGGGCGCCAAAAAAUAGUAAAGAUAAGCCUGAAAAAUAUGAAGGUGGUCGAGAAGUUUCGGAUUUCGUCGACUUCAUCAAGCGUAAAGCAAGCGAUCCAAUUAAGUUCCCGAAAGAAGCUAGCAAAGAUGAAGAAGCUUUGUAACAUGCAGACAUACAAUUUUUGGAAAUUCUGAAUUGCAUUUCUAUGAUAACUAGCACAUUGCUUUUAGCGGAGAGUGUUUAAAGACAAAUUUGUGGAGUUGAUUCAUUAAUAUAUCUUGUUAUGUAUGUCACAGAAAUUUUUUGUAUGCAAAUUUGUCUGUAUGUGUUUCAAAUUUGAAUGUCUUGCUCAAUAAAAGUGUUACUUUUUGGAAA